GGCACCUGUGAAUGUGUUUGUCGCCUUUCGAUUCUUGGUGUUCCGUGUGGCUUUUCUAGACUUUAGAGUUCCUGACUUCACCCUGAUGAACAACUCAUACACUCAUUCCCCCCUUCCCAGACCCCGUAUUAGUUGUGGUAAUAAAAGCAUUAGAGGCAACCGUAAGGAAUUCGGGGGAUAUUCGCUCCUCGAGUAUUGAGACUCUGAGGAAAAAGGAGGCAACAUCCCACGCACCAACAGUUCCUGCUUCCACUCCCUUCAUUUUCUUUUGAUUGAGUUGAGAUCUGUACAGCGUGCAGCAACCCUUAGAAGGCUUGAAGGCUUAGCUUUUACAAGUAUAAUCCACCAUGACGAAGACUGAAGAGCAACUUGAACAGAAGGAAGAGUCGGAGACAAUGUCAUCAGCCGCGACGAGGGAAGAAGGUACGCCAAAUCCAUCCGUUGCUAACCUUAACACGGACCGUGCCGGUAGCAACGGCGACGGCAGUAUCGGGGUGGACCUGCAUGAGGACAAUGGUGGCCUCGACGACCAGAUGCUGACCAAAAUCGUGGAAAAACGGCUAAGUCAAGGUCCAACGACAGAGCCGGAAGAUACCACCAGGGAGGCAACCUUGCUCUCAGUGGCGGUAGGAUCAGGCUCCAAGGCAGACCAUGUUCCCGCCAAGCAGAAGCCAUCGGUGACUACUGCUAUGGACAAGAAGAAUCAAUUGGCCUACAAGGCAGGAGCAUCAGACGGAUCGGACGCCCCCUUGAGACCAAGAGCGCAUCUUGAUAGCAGCAACUGUCCUAGGCGCGAAGACACCGUUGAAUCCACCGCAACAUUUACCAUUCCCGAACCCCAGCAAGAAGGAAUCCCUGGAGCCUAUGCAUUGGCACCUCCUUCUGCCCUCAGGGGCAACAUUAACACAAUGACUGGUACUCCGGCACAGCCACCUCGUCUGCAGCAACAGCAGUCCACAGCCACAAACCAGCAAGGUACUCCUGGUACUGCUAUUGACAAUUCUGGUUUGGCUGUGGCAUCCCCUGUUGAAGACCCAUCAUCUAAUCAAGCUUACUAUCAUGACUUGCCACGUGCACAAGAGCACAACGAAGAGAGCCAACAAGGCAGGAAACCCCUUCCCCAAUCAUUCGUUGCAACUUUAUUCAUUGUUGGGAUCGUGUUCGUUGCUGGUAUUGUUCUACUUCUCGUCUUCCUCCUCGCAGGUGGACCUCUUGAUGAGACUGCUACCAGUACCCAGACAACCAAGCCGACCUCUGUGAUGGCUACCAUGUCUCCCACCAUGGCUUUGACUUUCGAACAGUUGAUCAAGCAACAGCUACCCAACUACACAAAAACUGCCUUGGAAGAUACAGGGACACCUCAAGCCCAAGCAUUCCAGUGGCUACUGGAUGAUCCAGCUGUCACCAACUACACUAAUGAAAGACUGAUCCAAAGAUUUGCCUUGGCCACUUUGUUCUUGGCUACUGAUGGUCCUGGAUGGUUAAAGAAUGAUGGAUGGCUCAAUUACACAAUGCAUGAAUGUCAGUGGGAAACAGGAGAUGCCUAUGCCCUAGCACUCUUUGCCAGUGUAGAGUUACUAUUAUUCCUGGAAGACAGGGAGCCCUAUUCUGCGGACAACGUCACUGUCCCAUGUGACACUGCUGACAGGUACAGCCAUUUGUGGCUCAACCAAAACUUGCUGGAGGGUGAAAUCCCGUUGGAGAUGUACCUGUUAACCAAUCUCAAGAGUAUUGCCCUUGGAAUUAACCACAUCAAAGGCACCAUCUCAAGCCAUGUGGGAUACCUCUCAAAUUUGGAAGCAUUUGGAUUCGUUGGAGUCGACCUUACUGGAACGAUCCCGACAGAGAUCGGUUUGCUCUCUAACCUUAUUGAGUUUGAACCCAUUGCCAGCCUCACAGGAACCCUUCCUACAGAGGUGGGGAUGCUCUCCAAGCUACAAGUCUUCUCUAUGACAGCAAACCUUAUCACAGGACACAUUCCUACUGAGAUUGGGAUGAUGCAAGAUCUGCUUGCCCUAGCACUGGAGGACACAUUGCUGUCAGGAUCCUUGCCUUCACAUGUUGGACAGCUUUCUUCCCUAAAAAUUCUCAAUGUGUUUCAGACCCAGCUUACAGGAAGCAUCCCUUCAGAACUGGGAAGGGCGCAAUCACUUGAAGCCAUUGACUUUGCCAACAACUUCCGACUCAAUGGGACCCUUCCAAGUGAGCUUGGUCUUCUUACAGAUCUCAGCAUAGUUUUUGCCUUGUUUGACAAUGCUUUCACCGGUACGAUCCCAACUGAGUUAGCGCAAAUGACUGAGGUCUCUUGGUACUGGUCAGUGGCUUGGAAUCAACUCAGUGGAACGAUACCCUCGGAACUUGGUCUUUUGACAAAUGUGGAAUUUGGGGUGUUUGUGGAUACCAACCGGCUUACUGGGACCAUCCCUACUGAGAUGGGAAAAUUAACAAACAGCACUCUUGCAUUUCAGUGCCAUGACAAUUUUUUAACUGGCACAAUCCCAACAGAACUUGGUCUGCUGACAUCCUUUGUUGAUGUUGCCGGUCCCAGCUAUGGACUUUCUCUAUCAAUAAAUCACUUGACAGGAACAAUCCCUACAGAGCUUGGAAUGCUUGGGCAAACACAGCGGCUUGCGAUGUUUGAUAACCAGUUGACAGGCACCAUUCCAAGUGAACUGGGCAACCUUGUUGAUGUUAAAAUUCUCCGUCUUUCAGUUAAUCAGCUUGAGGGGACGGUUCCAAGCCAAAUUUGGAACCUCACCUCAGCUCUGCAGCUGAGAUUGGGAAACAACAGCCUAACUGGAACAGUGCCUUCGGAAAUAGGACGGUUUUCCAACCUUGAGGACCUGUCCUUGGAAUACACAGAGAUGAAUGGCACUUUGCCCUCGUUGAGUGCCCUGACAUCACUCCGACGGCUGGAAGUGGGACAUGCACGAUUCAGUGGAACUCUCCCAAAAGAGCUAGUAGGUCUAGCAUCCAUCCACUCGUUUGAGGGAUUGUACGCCACUGGAUCUCUCUUGUCAGGACCAAUUCCUGAUUCCCUUUGCCAGAUUACCGUGUUUGAAUGUGACCUGGGGAAUCUCUGUGGGUGCAACUGCACCUGCCCGGAUUCAUUGAACCAGACCAAUAGAUUGAACCAUUGAACCAGACGAAUGAACAAGAUCUGGAGGUGUUGCAAGAAGAUGGCAGCAUUACUAGGGGUAGUAAUCGUCUUUGAUGAGGUCGUCCCAAUCGUUUUUGGUUUCAAGGGGGAUCCUGCCACUGCACCAGCCGUGCACGCACGCAACGACGAAGGUUCGUGCGGUACGGUAUCGGUAUGCUGUGGUUCCCUCGAACGAACCACUUAGUUUCAAAAAACGUAGCUAGCUACGUACAGUAUUACAUAAAGAAACAAAGCAACAGAUCCUGGACGGAGUGCGAUAGAGCUUAUGGUUCGCGGCAAGCGGUGAAUGACGUAGCCAGGGACAGCAUGGAAAACCUCGUGUAAAAGGUCUUGGUUUUCGUACCCUUGUAUGUCAAUCACAAUCGCAAUCGCAACGGGAAAAACUUCAAAUCGUAAACCCAGACUCACUUGACUCGUCGAUCCAAAGCAAACAUUCUAUUUUCCGCAACGGAGACCGAGUCCUGGCUAUCAGAUUCUGUUCCCGAGGAAUGCAGAAGACCCACGAGAAGACAGGAAAGACGACUGGAUAUCCUCCACUACACACCGUGAUAUCAUCAUGUUAAGUUGUUGUAAGCAAGACACAACCAUCGCCAUUGCCAGUACCGCAGGACCUAACCUCGAGCUAUUAUAAUCGAAUCCAUAUCCAUAGCUUCCCACCAAAGGCUCGACGAAUUUUGCAUCCAUGUGAGGGUUCUAAAUAGUGUUGUGUCGUCCAGCGCACCUUCAACGGCCACGAGCGCGCCAAUUUCAUUAUGAUCUUGUCACAACGGGAAUGGAUUGAUUAUCAUUCCAACCGCCA